AUGUCGAGCAUAAAUUUUGCAUUCAAGAGAUUCAUGAAGAGCCCCACGGGUCCAAAGACCGUGCAUUUCUGGGCCCCCACUUUGAAAUGGGGGCUUGUGAUUGCCGGUCUUUCGGAUUUGACGAGACCCGUUGAGAAGGUGUCAGGGGCACAGAGUCUGUCGCUGCUGGCCACCGCAGCCAUCUGGACGAGGUGGUCUUUCGUGAUCAAGCCCAAGAACUACCUGCUGGCAUCGGUCAAUUCCGUGCUGGGCCUCACCGCAGCGUACCACAUUGUACGGAUCGGUGUACACAGAGUUAAAAAUGGUGACACCGUGUCGCAGGCAUGCCGCUACAUCGUCAAUGGACCUGAACGCCACGAAUUGAAGGAAACGGCAGCUUAA